AUGACUCUCCGUGCCAUCACAUUGAUCAAAUCACGGUUCAGUACCGUACCCCCCUGUGAACUGGAUUUGGCAGAGUUCCCAUCCUUCCCCGUCUCUCGCCAACGCACACCCAAGCUGCACCUGGUUCUGCGCGAAGCUCUCGAGGACUACGGAAAGGAAGCGGUUCUUCGACUGAACGGCGUUCUAUUGGCCCGAGCUUUUGUCUCUCACACCUCUCAAUACCCGUGCAAGAUUGACGUGGAGAUUGGUGGCGGGCUUGCACACAAGUACAAUGCUGCCCCACAAUUGCGCGACGUGAUCCACCAGCACAUGAUACAAUCCAUGUUUCGCGACAUGAUGGAAUCUCACUUGCGCCUUCUUCCCCCCAAUGACACUCUGGAAGAGGCCCAGCAACAGGUCGAAAACGUUCAAAACUUCUUGAUGGAAGUCGUAGGAGAUAUAGAGGAAUCUCUCAACCGCCCGGGUCUCAGUUUCGCGUUCUUCUUUCUCACCAUCGUUGAACACGACGCGUUCGAGGGCGCUCUGGCAACUGUGAGAAGGGACACCUUACCAGAGGGAUGGGGGAACAUUGUUGUCAUUGGCAAGACUGUACUCUUGCAGAAAAUGAAGGCAUCACACUCGAGGACUGUCCAAGUGUACGAACGUCAAAUGGCAGCACAACGGCGAGGACAGCCACAAAAAAGGCUUGUAAAGACACUCGUCGCCUGCUCUCCAUGA